AUGUUCAAGAAGAAGACCAAAUCCACCGCUAUAACGCAACCGAAAACAAGCUCUCCGUCCACAGAGCUGGCCACUCUGAUCGACAAGCUGCAGAAGAAUGCUGACAAAGUGGAGAAGAACUGCUACGACAUCGAGCAGAACCUCAACAAGGAUGUGAGUAAGAUCAACGAGGGGAAGACGCCACUGUACCAGGAUGACACCAACAAGAGAAUCCUCAACUCUCUGGAGCUGCUCAACGGCCUGGAUGAGGACGCCGUCAACGCCAAGCGCCUGCAGCAUCCGCAGGCCGAGAUGAUAGAGAAAGACAUGAAGCAGCUACGUGGGAAACUGAUGAAGCUGAAGGAAGACCAUGCCCGUAUCUACCACCUGGUCCGCACUGAGGGGCGGCCCAGCAUCAACUGGGGCAACAUCAUGGAUGAGAAGCUGGACAACCUGAACAAUAAGGGCUUUGGCCAGGACCUACCAUCUGUGGAGAACGAGGUGGAGGAACACAACAUCUUCCACAGCGAGGUGGAGGCUCUGGCUCCUCACAUCUCAUCCAGCGGAGACAAGGAAUAUGUCAAUAGUCUCCAGACGAAGUACAACAAACUACUGGCCAGUUCCAGCGCCCGUCAGCGCAACCUACUGAGCCUGCGGGACUACAUGCAGCGCUGCACCAAUGAGCUCGACGCCAACCUGGACUACCCUGCUCGCCAGAGGCAGUAUGAGAACUUCAUCAGUAAAUGUCUGGAGUCCAAGGAGGCCACCAUCACCAAAGUGAAUGACGAUGGAGAGAAGCUGAUUGCUUCCGAGCAUCCAGGGAAGAAUGUUAUAGAGGCUCACAUGGAGGCAGUCCACGCUGACUGGAAGGAGUACCUGAACCUCCUCAUCUGUGAGGAAAACCACCUCAAGAACAUGGACGAGUACCACAAGUACCACAAGGAAGCGCGGGACACUCAGGACCUGAUGAAGCGGCUGGACACGGAGCUCAGCCAGAAGUACAACCCCGAGUUCAAAGAUGUGUAUCAGAUGGAGGGUCUGAUCAGGGAUCUUGAUGACCAAUCCAAGGCCAUGGACCACUUUGAUGAACGGGUCAAGGCUCUCCAGAAGCGCAGUCUGCAGGUGUCGCCUCUGAAGUACCGCCGGGAAAGCGCCCCGAAGCUGCUGCCCGUUGAGGCUCUGUGCGAGUUCGACACAGAGGAGGGGCAGAUUUUGCGUGGGGAGCGGUACACCCUACUCCGGAACAACGGGACCAAAUGGGACGUGAAGGACGCAGCCGGACAUAAACUCACUGCACCAGCCGUCUGCUUUAUGAUCCCCCCCACCGACGCCGAGGCCGUGGCUGUCUCCGACAACCUGGCCAGCCAGCAGAAGGCUAUCAAGCAGAAGAUGGCCACCAGCAGUUCCACUCUGCAGAAACGCUAUGGGGAGCUGAAGAAGCAGAGUGGAAGUGGCACAGCUACAGACAAGCAGGAGCAGCAGUGUCGCCAGCUGAUGGCCGGUCUGGACAAAGUGGUCAGUGACCUGGACAAACAGGAGAAGGGCAUUUAUGCUCGAAUACGCCCCCCGCUGGAGCAGAACAGGCCCCUGCAGGACAGCGCUGACCGCCUGCAGGACAUGAGGGACAUCGCUGCUGCUGUCAGUAAGAUUGAGCCGGAGAAGUCCUCUAAAGUGCAGGAGUCCAAGAGCUUCUUGGUGUCCAAUCCCGGCUGUGCCAGCGCUCCUCAGCUCAACAGCAAGGUGGACGAGGCCAACAAGAAGUACAGCCACGUCGAGCAGCUUCUGCAGUGCUCUCAGGAGAAACUGAAGAAUUCCAACCAGCUGGAGACUUCCCUGCAGAAUGGAAAAACUCUACUGUCCACCUAUGAGAACAAGCUGGCCAGGGAGGAGGUUGCUCCAGCUGACAUCACUUCACUGGAGAAAACGCAGCGGGAACUGGCUGAUAUUGCAUCAGAUCUGAGGUCCAAGAGGGCGGUUAUCGCCGACACGGAGCAGAACCUGCGUUCAGCUAAAAGCAGCUGUGACACCAUGGCCACCAGAUUCCAAGAGCACUGCCCCGACAUCGAGAGGCAAGAGUCAGACGUCCAGAAGCUCAACAAGCGUUACAACAACCUCAACAGGCAGACCGACACCAGGUCUCAAAGCUUGCAGAGAGCCAAGAUGGCGUACAAAAAUUACCAAAAUGAUUACGACAAUCUGAACAGCUGGUUGUCUCGUGUCCCAAACUACGAGCCCCGUGAAACGGACGACACGAGACAAGUGGAGACCAAGCUGAAGAAUCAGAGGAACUUGCUCUCUGAUAUUGCAAGAAAGGAGUCGGACUUAAACAACGUGUCCAAAAAUGCCCAGCUUUACCAACAAGCUGUCAAAGACUACGAGAUUGAAACGGAGAAGUUUCGAUCUAUCCUUGAUCUCGAGGAUGGACUUGUACCUCAGACAUAUAAGAAGAACAAACUGGAAUCCCCUGCACUGACAGUCAAGGCAGAGGAAUCUGCUAUUGAGGCUAAGUUCACUGAGGUGAAUGCUGUCAACAAGCAAAGGCUUCAGAAUCUGGAGUUCGCCCAAAGUCUCCUCAACCAGCAACCUGACACCACUUUGAUCCAGGUAAAAAAUGUCCAGUCAGUCCAAGCUACCGCCCCAGGAGAAGAGCCUUGGAGAAUCAAGAAGCAGCUGGAAGAUGAGAUCCAGAGGAGGGAGCAGAUAGAGAGAGAAAUUAAGACUAUCCAGACGGACAUCUAUGUCCUUGAAGGACAAAAGCCCCAGGACACAAUUGUCAAGAAGGAGCUGAUCAAAAAGGUUCCUGACCCCCAGCUGGAUGAGGAAGUCCAUAAGGUCCAGCAGAAACUCUCUGAGGAGCGCCGCACUACCCUGGUCCUGGAGAAUGAUCUUGAGGUACUGAAGUUGAAGCUGCGUGGCUUUGAGACCGAGAUGAAAGAAGGGGCACAGCAGUACACAGUCAAGGAGGUCCUGCGUAUAGAAAGAGAUCGUGGUCAGGAGGAGGAGAUGCGCAAGCUGAGAGAGGAAUUGGAUGAGCUAAGAAGGCAUAAGGUGAUGAAAGACAAUGAGCUGGUUCAGAUACAAAAGCAGGUGACCCUCCUGGCUGAGCAGAAGAACAAGGAACAGGAGGUGAUCACGGAAGAGGAAGUGAUCAAAAUCCAGAAUGAUCCCCAACUUGAAGCAGAGUACAGAGUGCUCCUUGACAGGAAGCAGAAGGCAGUGGACAGCAGGAAGCAGCUGGAGGAUGAACUGCAAUUUCUUCAGGAGAAGCUCCGAAGGAUGGAGAAGGAGAAAUCAAUGGCAGAGGAGAAGAUUUCCAUCAAAGAGGUGUUGAAAGUCGAGAAAGAUAUUGCCUUUGAAAGGGAGGUAGAAAACCUCAGAAAGCAGUACGAAGACGAGAAGACCAAACGAAGAGCAUCACAGCGAGAAAAGGCGGACCUCCAGAGGAAAAUUACCAGCCUAGAGGAAGAGAAGUCCAAGGUUGUUAUUCAGGAGAAGGUGCGGGAGAUCGUCCGCCCCGACCCCAAGGCUGAGAAUGAGGUGGCCAAUCUGCGGCUGGAACUUGUAGAGCAACAGAGGCGCUUCAGGGAUGCAGAGCUCCAGCUUAGAUCCCUGCAGGAGGAACAUACCAUGCUGAGGAACAGAGGACCUCAAGUGGAGAUCAAAGAGAUCAUCAAAGAAGUCAUCAAAUACAAGACAGAUCCACAAACAGAAAGGGAACUGGAGAGGCUUCGCAAUGAAAUCGUAGAUAAAACCCACCAGAUUGAGAAAUCUGAGAUGGAAAUCCACCAACUUCGUGAUGAAAUUCAAAGAUGGAAGGACACCAAACCCCAAGUGCAGACUAAAGAGGUGGUCAAUGAAGUGCUCCAGUACAGAGAAGACCCCAAGACUAAGGAGGAAAUUGAGACUCUCAAAAGGAAACUGGCUGAUGAACAGAAGAAACGGCUUGACCUUGAGAGCGAACGGGCAGCCCAUGAAGAGAAGAUCAGACUGAGGAAAAUGGAUCUGUCUCAGAUCCGCGAGAAGGUUGUUCAGCAAGAAGUGGUCAAGAUGGAACAAGAUCCUCUCCUCAAAUCAGAGUGCGACGGCUUCGUACAAAACAUCAGCAGUGAGCAAAAACAAAAGGAGAUCCUGAAAUCGGAACUCUACCAACUGCAGAGACAAAAGACUGACCUGGAUCUGCAACUGGAAGAGCUGGAGCGGGAGCGCCGGGCGAGGCGCGAUGCAGAAUUGGAGAUCCAAAGGCUUCGGGUCAGACUUAAUGAGCUGGAGAUUCGCGACAAAGAGAACCGUGAGAAGGUGACCGUCAAACAGAAGGUAGUCCUGCAGCAAGAUCCCCAACAGGAGAAGGAGCACUCCAUCCUCAGAUUGCAGCUCGAAGAAGAGAAGCACAAACGCACUCUGCUCGAGAAAGAGCUGAAUGUUCUCAUCCAGCAGCAGAUCACCCUGGAGAAAAUAGAUGUGAAGGAAAGAGUGGUCCGCACUGAGAAAGUCCAAGUUGAAAAGGACCCAGAGGCUGAGAUUGAGAUUGAGAACCUAAGGAGGACUCUUGAAGAGGAGAAAAGGAGAAGGAGAGAGCUUGACCAGGAGAUGUCCACCCUCUCGGCCAGGUAUUCUGAUAUGGAGUUCUCAAACACAAAAUCUUCUAAAGAACUGGACUACAUUCGUGAUGAAAGUAGCCGCCUGCAACAAGAAAACCAAAGACUGCAGAAUGAGAUUCGCAAGCUUCGGUCCGAGAUCGAGAUCACCAGCAAAGAGACUCGGCUUAUCACUGAGUCUGCACCGAGGGAGGAUGGAAAGAACCUGGAGCUGAGGCUCGAUUCACUACAGAGGGAACUAUCGGAGCUCAGAAGCAUAACCGCCCAGAAGGAUGAGGAGAUCGAGAAGCUUCAGAAGAACCUGGUGGCGGUGAGAAUGAAGAAGGAACAGAGGGAGAGCCAUCUCCGUAGGUCUAUUGUGGUCAUCGACCCAGAUUCAGGCAAAGAGAUGCGACCCGAGGAGGCCUACAAACUGGGGCUGAUCGACUGGAAGAUGUUCGUCAACCUGCAGAGCCAGGAGUGUGACUGGGAGGAGAUCUCGGUCAAGGGCCCCAAAGGAGAAUCCUCGGUUCUUCACGACAGAAAAUCAGGCCAAAAGUUCUCCAUCGAUGAGGCGUUGCGUCUCGGGCACAUCACGAAUCGCCAGCAUCAGCAGUACAUAAACAAAGAAAUAUCCAUUCAGGAGUUUGGUGUUAUGGUGUCGGGCAAGAAGUGAAUGCAAUCACGAUAUUAAAUCACAUUAAGGAUUGGUUUCUAGAAUUUUUUUCUCUGUUUCACAGUCUCCUUAUGUUUUAUUGGACUUCCUUUCUAACUUUAAUACUGUGGUGACUUGGCAUUACUUUAUCCAUGAUUCUUAAAUGCACUAUGUAUUUAUUUGCUCAUGCAUAUAUAAUUCUGUGGUACUGGCAUCAAUAAAUAUAUGGAUUGAUAUUACUACUAAUGCAGGCUAAUUAACAUUGUAUGUGGUGGGACGAGUUCGCUGCGCUGAGAUUUUAUUACUUCCACCGGGUUCUAGGGUAGAGAACAUAUCUUUGCAUAUCUUUAGUGGAUAUUGACAUUGAAAUUCACAUGGAUACUAAAUGUUUCAUUUAUUUGUGGGUUUUUUACAUGGUUUACUGUGUGCACUCUUAGCUUCAAUAAAAGUCGAAUCAAGCUUGAAAAA